AUGUCGAACGUAAAUACGGGAGAGCUAUUGAAUUUUCAAGAUUAUUCACCUGAACACAACCGGAGUGCAAGAAUUGACGUGGAAGCGGUACAUACAAAUCAAUAUAACAAUGCUAACACCAGCUAUGACUAUGUAGAGCCCAAGCCUGUAGUAGACGACGAAGAGCCAAUCCCAAAGACUGGUAACCACAAUUUUUGGACAAUCGAGUAUUACCAAAAAUACUUUGAUGUUCACACAAAUGAAGUUGUAGAGAGGAUUGUCUCAUCUGUGCUACCACAGAAAGUCUCCCGCAAUUAUUUUGAUGAGAGAAUCAAAGGAAAACCUGAUUUAUAUGGACCUAUUUGGAUUUCGGUGACCCUGAUCUUCACCAUUGCUGUUAGUGGUAACAUUGCGAGUUACCUUCAAAAUGCCAAUAAAACAAUUCAUUGGAAAUAUGACUUUCAUCUUGUGUCAUAUGCAUCAACAGCUAUAUUCUGCUAUGUUUGGUUGGUGCCACUGGCUUUGUGGGCCGCUCUGAAAUGGACCACAAAUCCUGAUAAUCAGGAUCAAAUGGAGACACAGACUUCAACUUCACCAACCAUGAUGUCUCUCUUCUGCCUCUAUGGAUAUUCCCUGUCCAUAUACAUACCAGUUGCAAUUCUUUGGACCAUCCAAGUCUCCUGGUUGCAGUGGUUACUGGUAUUACUUGGAGCAUUUGUAUCUGGGGCUGUUCUCAUCUUUUGGCUUCUACCCGCAUUGAGGAAGUCUAAAUAUUUUCUCAUCUUAGUCGGAUGUAUAUUAGCUUUUCACUUCUUGUUAGCCGCUGGGUUCAUGCUGUAUUUCUUUCAUGUGCCGGAGACUGAACCCAGCGCAGAAAUUGUUGUUACUACAUUGAAACCAUAG